UACCAUCAACGCAUCAUCGAACGUGUGUGCUGCAGGCAUCCUAUUAUGAACUAAAACAACAAAUUUUACAAUAUUUUAUAUAGGUUUCCUUUCGGCAUACUACUUCCGUACGGCAAUCUAUGCAUUUUUGGUCCCAUAAAUAAAGUGUUGAUGCUGAUGAUUGGAACGCAUCGGUGCAUUGUGCUGUCAAACGAUUGCGUUGUGUGAACCAGCCUUGUUUGCUGGUUGUGUACUUUCGACGCGUUCCCCUUCGGUAAAAUGGUUACGGAAAAAUAGUUCCACAGCGAUUCAAAACAAAUCAUUGCAUUCAAUCGCUGUGUGGAGGUGUGCAGUGCGGGGCGACAAAAUGUUGUCCAGGAAAAGUAAGGAUAAGUCUAUUAAGGAAGGAGUGGUAGGAAAAUACGUGAAAAAAGACACACCACCGGAAAUUCCAACUGUGAACGUGUGGACCGCGGAGCAGAAUAAAAGCAAGCUCGCUAAAACAAGAAGGAGCUCGCAGCAGAUUGUUUCCAAUGCCGGUCAACCGCCGGGGCUUCCGCUGACUGCUAACAGCAGCAACAUACAGAAUCUGCAAAAGUUUGGUAAUUCUAAGGUGUUGACGAAAGUGGGAGGCCUUGGCCAUGAGGGAAAGUAUACGCCUAGCAAUAAUAUUCCAAACCUGGCUCACAAGUUUGGCAACAUCAACCCAAACAACGACCCAUCCAGUGGGAUUAGCCUGAUGAACGGUAAUGCGAAGCCGCUUCCCAUGAUGCUGGUCAAAAACACAACCACCAGCAUGGGCCUUACACUGCCGAUGAACGAUGUGCGAAACAACAAUAGCCACGGCAACUACGUGGACAUCGACACGAUCGAUCAGAUCUUGAUGCAACAAAGCGAAGCGAACCUUUAUCGACUGCAGCAACAGCAGCAACAGCAGCAACAGCAACUGUUCCAACAGCAAGAACACGAGCAAAAGCAGCUGCAGCAACAGCUUCAACACCAAGCCCAGCAACAACAGCAGCAGCAGAUGGAGCUUCAGGAGCAGCAACGUCAAGAGCAGCUGGAGAUGCUCGAUCACCAGGAGCAGCAGGAGCAACGGCUACACCUAGAACAGCAGCAGCAACAGCAGCAAGAACAACAGGAACGAUAUGCUUCCAACUUUGAGCGCAAACUAUCGUACAACCAACAUCACGCGAACAACCAUAGGAAUGGGUUUGAAAGCUACGGAAAUCUGAUGCGUAACGGUAGUCCCAUAGCCUCGUCCACCUCGUCCGGAAGUAGCUUAACAAACGAUCAGACCUUAUUUAUUAGACAUUAUUCGACCCGACAAACACCUCAGCUGGCACCUGCGCCGCAGCAGUCGAGCAACCAGCAGCCCCAGAACCAAGCUGACACACUACAGCAGGAUCAUCUGUACCCGAUCUAUGAAAAUCAGUCCCAGCUGAUCGGGCGUCCCGAAUCGCCCAUCUACAGCAACACGAAUUCCGGUACGAUAUACCAGAAUUACAACAGCAACAACUCGUCGCACCAAUCGCUCUACUCGAACGUUUGCGUCAGUGGACAGCCGGUGGCCGGCGAUACGGGUGGCAGCAACAGUCCGGUGCAUGUACAUUCGCAAGCAUUACAGCAGGCUACCCAACCACUCUAUUCGAACAUGAUCAUUGGUGCAAACAAGCCCAACAGCGUGACGUACGGGGAGGUGAUUUUGCGUACUGCUCGGCUUGGGGCGGCGGGUGCAGCCGGCGGUGCAGUGCCGGGACAGCGCAGUAUUACACAGGGUUCCGCUGGUCAGCAACCCGAGGGCGACAGUGGUGAAGAGGAACUGAUGCUGCCACCUGGCUGGUCGGUGGAUUAUACACUAAGAGGGAGAAAGUAUUACAUUGAUCAUAACACGAAAACCACGCACUGGGCUCAUCCACUCGACCGGAAGGCCCUGCCGACGGGUUGGCAGAGAAUAGAAGCGGCACGGUAUGGAAUUUUCAACUAUUUCGGAAGCCAAGGCGAACAAACUCUGCCAUACCUGGCCUCGUGCUACCUGACGCAUGCACCGGCUGUAGAAAUUCCUCGACCGAUCGUGUCACACUUUCCGCGUCAUAGCGCCCUGGUGCCGGCGAACCCAUACAACACGGAAAAGGUCCCCGAAUGGCUGUUUCUUUACGCAAAGUCUUCCUCGGAGAAGGAUCACAUCAUCAAAUGGGACAUGUUUCAGUUACAGCAACUUGAAGAUUUCCUUGGCAUCAUGAAGAAGUUGUAUCGCCAGGAGUGUAACAUUAUUGUUGCUAAAUACGAAGUGAUUAGGAUACAGAUACACUCGCGAAUGCAGGAACUUCGGCGGAUGUAAUCGAACUGGAGGGAACCUCUGUAUCUGUGUUUGGAAAGAAAAAUGUGAUAUCAAACAGUUCCUUCAUCGAAGAAUUGCGUUUGCCACGAGGCAUCUCUAGAGCAAUGCAGAUGCAUUAUCAUCAUCACAUAAAACUGCCCCAUACGAAAAUAUGCUUGCCGCAUAUUCAUCAGUGCCAGUGCCUUCAGUUGUCGGAAUUGUUCCACUGAAAUUGAAAACUGUACUGUGCUAGAUGGUGUGUACCACACUGUCACACGUAGAUAUCGUAUUUGAGAACAAAACAACACAAAAUCACCCUCCAUACAUUAUAAUUAUUAUUUUUACACAAAUAAAGUAAUUAUUUCAC